AUGAAAGACAUAGGUCGUCGACUAGAAGAGGUGAAAGAACGUAAAACUCUGCAACAAGUUCUUGCGGAUUGUAAGAAUGAGUUGAGAAGCAAUCCUGAACAAUCGAGAACGAUAUUCAUAGCAGCACUUCAAAAUUCGAAAACCUUCUUUCGUUUACUGACUUCGAAUGAGGUUGCACAAGUCUUAACGGAAUUCUUCGAGAGUGGGGACAGACUCGAAGCCAUACUCUGUCUCUAUUCAAAUCUGAGAACUGCGCAAACUAAUGAAGACAUCAUCGAUACUUUCAUAUCAAUUUUAAAAAAGAAUCUCACUGAAAUUCUGAAAACUUCCGUGAAAGCUGAACCAGAUGACGAUCUCACAUAUGAAAGAUACGUAGAGUUAGUUCAAGUUCUAGUGAGUACCAAAGACGUUUUGGGAAAUUGCGCUUUGAAGCUAAAGCUUUUUGAUCACAAGUACUCUGCAUGGAGUAGAACGAUAGAUGAGUUCAUUCAAUCAGCUAUAUGUGAUGCUAUUCUCUACUCAAUAACAGAAGUGAAGAGCUCAAGGGAUGUCAAUUUGCGGAUAAUGUCCCUCUUACUCUCGAAAAGCAGAUCGUUGAUGUGCAAGGAUCGUCCACUUCUGGAAUCUAUGGUUCCAUGGAUAUAUGAGAACUGCUGUAAUCAUCCUAUUGGUCAGCGCGUUGCUGAAAGGUUGCUCGUAGAUGAUACUAAGGGUGUGAGAGAGUCUGAAUCCUUACUAACUCACGUAGUUCUUCUCUCCAAGAACAUUGAAAUGCUGAAAGGUUUACUUGGACUCAGCAUUUCGCGAUGCAAGACAGUUGAAAGAGUAUGCUGUACCAGAAUGAUAUUCCAAAGAGUAGCCCCUAACCAUGUUCCUAAAGUUUUAGCUUCUUACAUUUUCCAAUUCGCCAAUGAAAUGUUUUACACCACUCUACGCAAACUGAUCCAUAUUUGGGGCUCCACUUCCUCUGUGAGGAGUAACUCGUUGGAACAACAGAAGUAUAUGACUAGAACGAUCUUGGAGUUUAUCAAAACUAUGAGAAAUAACUCUGUUUCUGGAAGCACCUUCAGCUCUCUCUACCCAGAUGUGAUCUCCAGUAUUCACGAGCAUCUCUCUUCGCCAGAUUUGUGCAUCAAACAAUCGGGUAUGUUCUUCGGUCAAUAUUUCGCUUCUUUGAUAGAAGAGAAACCGGAGGAACCUUUGGUCUUCGACUUCGUAGAAGAUGAUUGGUAUAGAGAAAUGAAAAAAGUUGUUUCUGAUGAAACUGAUGACGAACCCGAAACGCAAAAGGUUCUGCCUGUAGCGAACAUCUUCCCUGAGAGGCCUGAUGUUCCUGAAAAGCCUAUGCUGGAUAGUGAUGAUGAAGAAGAUGACUUCUUCGGGUUCGAUGUUCCCGAGGGUGAAAAGCAGUUUGAAAAGUUGACCUGUGGUGAGGAGCCAGAGAAGAAAGCUGUUGCCCCACGUUACAUAAGAGAUUGUAUGGAGAAUCUUAAUGAGCAGAAGCAAUAUGAGGUGUUUGAAGCCUCAUUCCUCGCUCUCAAUGACCUUAUUCGCAAGAAAUCACUCGGCUUACGUGACAUCGCUACCACCUUAAUAGGGAAGUUGGUCUUCUUGAGCGAUACCUUCAGUACCAAAGAUUUUGAGAAAAUCAGACAACAAUGCAUAGUUUCCUGCUUAGUUGUCCUCCCAGACCUUGCACCAGGAUUAUGUGAUGUCAUGUUUUCACAGAACUGUUCGUUCUAUUACAGAUACCUCAUACUGGACUCCAUAUUAUGUGCGUGCAAAGAUUUAUCGGAUAUUUCCGAACCUCCUUCGGUCUACCCCCCUCCUAAUACUUCACAGCAGAAGGUUGAUUACAAGUCUAUCGUGGAUGAGCGAAUCAAGGCUAAGACGCGCUAUUUCACAAGCAAGAAGCCAGAAGUGAAGACGAAAGUUAACAGAUUCACUAGCGUAGCUACUUCCUUCUUCUACCCUCUUCUGCGCAGUCAAACAGGAGAACAUUUGCAACUGAAAGGGAAAGAUGCUGCUUUCUUGAGCAGAAUCUUACACACAGUGGGAGAAAUCGUUCAAUUGGCCUGUUUCUCUCCGAACAUCCUAAACAUGACUAUAACUUUGGAUCAACUGGUAUCUCCUCUCAAGUAUCACGAUGAAUGCUAUGUGAGAGCGGCAGUAAUGUUCUGUUACUAUUCCAUAGCUUACUCCAUGUCUGACGAGCUGUUCAUUACUGUUUUCGGAGAAAGAGCUCAAGUUUGGUUGGAGUGGACAAUAGAGCAAAGUCAGAACAUCGAUCUAUCCAUGCAAGACAGAGAGAUAGCCAUGGCUACUUCGCGAUAUUUAGUCCAAAAAUGCCAAAAAGCGGGUGAGCAGAAGUAG